UGCAAUUUCUAUAUUUGUUUGGUGGCAGCGAGGGACUACGAUUUAUUUGUAAUAUAAUUUUUCUUUGCCAUGUUUUCAUUGUGAAAAUGGCUGACGAUAAAAAAACAUUACAGAAAAUUCAACAAUGCGAGAAGUUCGUAAAUGAGGUCCUAAGAAGUAAGCUCAAGAGCUGCUUAGCAGCCAGGGAAAAUUACAUGUCGGAUAUCCAGGAAUAUCUUCAACUACUGGAAACAAUAAAAAAUUUAGAUGAACUGGAUGUUAAUCCACUCAAAACAAAAGUUGAUUUGGGGGUUGGAUUUUUCGUUCAAGCUGAAGUGCCUGAUGUUUCCACAAUACUUGUUUCAAUUGGAUUUGGAUUCUUUUUGGAACUAACACAUACAGAAGCAUGCACCUUUAUUACAAAGAAAGUGGAGCACAUUGGUGGACGUGUUAAAGUUUUAGAAGAGGAAGCUUCAUACAUCAAUGCAGAUAUAAAAAUGAUGUUAAACACACUUGGGCAACUACAAGGUGUUAUACCUACAGGCAGCUUUUUGGUUCCUCGAGAAUCAAAAAACUUUGACAACAUUUGUUUUCAUCCCUAUGAGAAGCGGCUCAGUGACGAACGGAUUCAUUUAAAUGUGAACGAUUCGGAGCUAACAGUCUUCACCGGUCAAGCAGAAAACAUUACGAUUGGAGGUACAUGGAGUCCCACGGAAUGCUGGUCCAAAUACCGCGUCAACAUAAUAAUUCCAUACCGUCAACGUCAGGAGCAAUUGCGCGUCUUCCUUCAUUAUUUCCAUCGUUACUUGCCGUUGCAGCAAAUCGCAUACCGGAUAAUCGUCGUUGAACAAAGUGCGGAAAAGGAAUUCAACCGGGGAAAGCUCUUCAAUGUUGGUUUCGUUGAAAGUGAAAAACGUUUCCCAUCGGAUUGCUACAUAUUCCAUGAUGUUGAUCUCAUCCCCCAGAGCCUGAACAACAUGUAUGCCUGCACAGAAAUGCCGCGCCACUUGUCUUCAGCUGUUGAUACCUUUAAUUACCAAUUACCUUACUGCGGAAUCCUUGGAGGAGUUGUCGCCAUGAGAAGUCAACAUUUCAGAAAAGUCAAUGGGUACUCGAACAUGUUUUAUGGAUGGGGAGGAGAAGACGACGAUCUCUAUUUCCGUGCGUCUCAAGCUGGGCUGAAUGUUAUUCGAUUUGAGCCGGACGUCGCCAAGUAUAAAAUGCUUCGCCAUAUUAAGGAGAUUCCAAAUCCAGCUCGUUUUCAAAUUAUGGAGAUGGAUCAGGAGAUUUAUUAUGGUGAAGGAUUAAACAACCUUAACUACACUUUGUUGUCGUAUGAACUAAAACCAUUGUAUACGAGGAUAUUUGUACACGUUUAGGAAAACUGAAGGAAAA